AUGUGGAGGGAGAAAGAGGGAGAAGCAAUCCGCAAGUAUGAGCUCACGACAGUGACAUAUGGGACAGCCUCUUCUCCUUACCUAGCACAAAGGUGUAUAAAACAACUUGCCAUGGAUAAUGCGGCACUAUAUCCCAAGGCAUCAAACACCAUCGCCAAUGACUUUUAUAUGGACAACUGGAUAUCAGGAAGCGAAUCUAUCUCUCAAUUGCUUCAACUACGAGAGGAGGUAACCCUAAUUCUAGCAACAGCAGGAAUGGAGCUUAGAAAAUGGAACUCCAACGUAUCAGAUCUGUUAACAGAGGGCGAGAUAGAAGUCCCACUCACCUCUAAUGAGGAAGUCAAAACCCUCGGAAUUCGUUGGAAUUCGCGGGAGGAUGUCUUCAAGUUUAAGCUGAUGAUGCCUGAGAAAACCAGCAGUACAAAAAGAAGUAUCCUGUCAGUAAUAGCGCAAAUCUACGAUCCUCUGGGCCUCAUAGGACCAGUAGUAACAAAGGCUAAAUUGUUCAUGAGAAGCUUAUGGAAGCUGAGUGUAAGCUGGGACGACGAAAUACCGUCGGAUUUGUUGUUAGAAUGGAACUCAUACAAGGAAAGGCUUGAAGCUAUGGAAGAAGUAAGGAUACCGCGCCAUGUGGUGUCGCAGGAAACUAGUAAGAUUGAAAUGCACGGAUUUUGCGACGCUUCGCAAUUGGCAUACGGCGCUUGCAUAUAUUUGUGCUCAUCCAACGCGCAGGGAGAAAGGAGCUCUAAACUUCUCGUGUCCAAAUCACGCAUAGCACCCUUGAAGGUUUUGUCAAUUCCAAGACUGGAGCUGUGUAGUGCUGUGCUGCUCGCCAGGCUUGCAUUUAAGGUAAGAAAGGCUAUCACGCCCAUUCAAAGAUACAUCUAUUGGAGCAAUUUAAGCAUCGUUAUACACUGGAUUCGGGGCGAACCAACUAAAUACAAGGUCUUCGUGGCUAACCGAGUGGCAGAAAUUCAAGAGCUAACCCGUCAGAAUGAGUGGCGACACGUGCGUACCAAAUUCAAUCCUGCGGACCUGUUUUCGCGGGGCAUGGAUCCCAGAGAACUACCAAACUCAGAAAUGUGGUGGGCCGGACCUCACUGGCUAGGGUUCAGCCAAGACCAGUGGUCAAAUGAAGCGAUUCUGGAAGAGCCCUUAGAAGAAAAGGCAACUGAACGAAUUUUAGUCGCUAACUACCAGGAAGAACGCGAUCUGCUAGAGAAAUUCUCAUUAUUGUCCAAAUUGCAGCGAGUGAUUGCUUACUGCAACAAGUUCAUUCGAAACUGUCGCAAAAAUGUGUCGCAGGAUAAAACUAAAUCAUUACAAGCGGACGAUAUAAGAGAAGCAAACCUGAUCCUGAUAAGAAUGACCCAACGUCAUGCCUUCCCCCAAGAAAUUCAAGAACUCAGUAAGGAAAAGGGAGGAAUACCCCGUAACAGUCGUAUCUUAUCAUUGAACCCCUUUUUGGACGAAAGGGGAAUUUUACGAGUAGGUGAUAGGUUGAAGAAUGCCGAUUUAGCGUAUGAUCAGCAAUUUCCUAUUAUCCUUCCUUCAAACAAUCCAUUUUUCACAUUGCUAAUUAGAGACAUGCACUACAAAUACUUACAUGCGAUUCAAUACUUACAUGCGGACUCAAUACUUUGA